AGUUGAUUGCAUGCGGAAGUGGCAUGUAGUUUGUCUAUGAUUUUUCCAUGGAUGUAUUAUAGAACACUCUCUUACAUUACGAUAUCAGUAACUUCACAGAGAUUGUGUUUGUGUUUUUGUUUUUGCCUUAAAGCGGACGGAUGUUGGGCAAGUGGCGGUGAAAUCUACUGUGAUAACUGACGCUCUCCGGCGUUGUUUAAAAGCUCUCUCCGCUAUGUCGGCCACAAUGACCACCAUUGUCCACGAUACUACAGAGGCAGUGUGCCUCUCCUCUGAGUACAACCUGUACCUCAAGCCCAUUGCUAAAAUGACCGUCAGUGUGGCCCUGCCCCAGCUAAAGCUGCCAGGCAAGAGCAUCUCCAACUGGGAGGUGAUGGAGAGGGUAAAGGCCAUGGUGGCUCCAGAGCAGUUUUCAGCCCUGCGGAUCUCCAAGAGCACCAUGGACUUCAUCCGCUUUGAGGGCGAGGUGGAAAACAAGACAGUGGUCAAGAGCCUGCUGUCGCGCUUAGAUGGAAAGAGCAUCAAACUGAGUGGAUUUACCGAUGUGCUGAAGGUCCGUGCAGUAGAGAACAAAGUGGACUUCCCUACACGUCACGACUGGGACUCCUUCUUCCGCGAUGCAAAGGACAUGAACGAGACUCUGCCGGGAGAGAGGCCUGACACCAUCCACCUGGAGGGACUUCCUUGCCGAUGGUUUAGCAGGAAAGACAGCCCGUUCCCAGACCGGCCCUCUGAAGAGGUCCUCAUUGCUGUCUUUCAGACAUUUGGCAAGGUGCGUAAUGUAGAUAUCCCCAUGCUGGAUCCGUACAGGGAGGAGAUGCUGGACAAGAACUUCAACACGUUCAGUUUCGGGGGUCAUCUGAACUUUGAUGCUUAUGUCCAGUACCAGGAGUACGGCGGCUUCACUAAGGCCAUGGACACCCUGCGCAGCAUGAAGCUGAUGCUGAAGGGAGACGAUGGAAAGGCAGUGGCCUGCAACAUCAAGGUGACCUUUGACACCAGCAAGCACCUGAGUGAGUUGGCCCUGAAGAGGAGGGGGCUGGAGAGGCUGAAGUUACAGGAGCUAGAGAGGCAGAGAGAGGAGCAGAAACGGCGCGAGAAAGAAGAAGAGGAGCGGCGUAAGGAUGAGGAAAGGAAACAGAAGGAGCAUGAAGAAGAGGAGAAGGAGAGGAGAAAGGAAGAGAGGAUACGAAAGCGAGAGCAGAAGCUGAGGGAGAAGGAAGAGAAGAAGAACAUGAAGAAGGUGAGGCGGCAGCAGGAAGAGGAGCAGAAGAAGCUGCAUAUGAAGAUCGCCAUGGAGGAGAGGAGGCUGCUGCUCGCUCAGCGCAACCUGGAGUCCAUACGGCUCAUUGCUGAGCUGCUGGCCAGAGCAAAGGCUGUGAAGCAGCAGGAGCAGGAGAAAGAGCGGGCUGAGCGGGAGGAGUGCGAACGGAAAGAGCAGGCUCGAAAGAAGGAGGAACUAGCGCGUCUUCAUCAGCUGGAGGCCCUCCGACGCAAGCAGGAGGAGGAGCUGUGGAGGGUGGAGGUGGAGAAGGAUCGAGCACUGGAACUCCAGCGGCGUGAGAAGGAGCUGAGGGAGAGACUGCUUUGCAACAUGUUGAAGAAGAGCAGCGGGAAAAGCACAAGAUCUCCUCUCACGCAGGAGGAGGGGGCCCCCGUUACCAGCGAGGAGGGCUCUGACCCCCGUGGUGAGGAUGUGAUGCUGGGGGUCCUGGGCCGGGUGUACGGAGUGAAGUCCGGCGAGAGCAAAGAGAAGCAGGGGUCCAAAUCUAGUGCGCAUUCUCACGUUUUAGGGAAAAACAGAGCUGCAGAGGGAAAGAGGGGAGGGGAGGACAGGAAGAAAGAGCGAGAGGGAAGAAGAAGGGAGGAGGUUGUGAAGAGCAGGCACGGCAGGGAACAAGCGAAGGACCAUGAGCACUCUCACAGAGAGAAAAGCUCCAACAGCCGGGGCAGGAGGAGGCGCUCCCGCAGCCACAGCAGGAGGAAAAGGAGCUCCAGCAAUCGCAGGAGGAGCUCCAGUCGUCAUAGGAGGAGCAGCAGGAGGCGCAGCCACAGCAGCAGGAGCACCAGCUCCAGCCGGGACAGGAGCUGCAGCAGCAGUGGGAGGAGCUACAGCAGGGGGAGGAGCCACAGGCACCGUAGACACAGCAGAGGCAGCUCCAGGGCCAGCAACAGGAGCCGAGACAGGAGGAGCCACAGCCAUGACAGAUACAAGAGACACAGCAGCAGCCGACACAGGAACAGCUCCAGGCGCUGCUAGCCUUAUCAAUAUUAAAAUGAUCAGUAUUCAUUGAUAUUUUCUUGGCUGAAGUUCAACAAGCGUGGCAAGAAAAACCCAUAACAAAAACAUAAUGCGAGUAUACCGUGUGAAUGUUGGUGCUGUGGAUUCCACGGAAAUGAUUUUACCUUUUUAUUUUCUUCAUAUUUUAUACAUAAAACUCACUUAAUAUUUGAUUUCUAAAAAAUGAUCUUUUUAAAGCUUUAAAUAUAUUUGAUUAACAUUUGGUCUAAAAUUCUUAAAAGCAUUAUAUAAUAAAGUAGUUGAUUCGAACGUAGUGACCGUUAUAAACAUAUCAAAACUCAUUCAUUGAUCAAUGGGAAAAAAAACAUUUGAAGGCUAAUAUCGCAAGCUCGAAGUCUGACCCCCAAUUUUCUGCAAGCAAGUCGUCUUUGUGCAUGAAUAUUAUUGAUUUCUAGGAGUCCUGAGUCGAAAAGGUAUUAGAUGUUGCUCGGUGGGUUUGUCCACACCUGAGUUACGACACAAAAAACAAACAUUUCACACACACUUUCAGACUUUGUGGCUGCCAUAGAUGUGGAAGACUUUAUCGUGGAUGACAGGCUGCUGUUCCAUUACAAAUGUGAAGUUUCUCCAGACCAUAAAAAAGUACCUCUAUGUUUAUGCUGACCUGCCUGAUGUGUAACCUGCCCGAAAUGUACAUUUGAAUACUGCUUCAGUAUUGUCUGUGUUGCUGGUGAGCAGCUGCAAGAAUGAUUUCUUUUAGUUUCGUUUAAUAAGUUUUAAUGUUUAAAAAAGGCAAUGGGGUUUGUUGAGUGAGGUUUAAUAUAAUAAUAAUAGCAAAUGAGAUACUGGACUCCCUCUAUCAUAUGCAAAUCUUGAAUACGAGACCUGUCCAAAUGCUUUUAGUUAUUAUACAAGUCACAGUUUUAUCCUUCUUAUAGGAAACCAGCUUCUUGGAUUUAAAUCUAACCAAUUGGGCAACCAAAUCGAAAUUUGACGUUAGGUUGUACCUCCUUCUUUUAACUUCACAAUGUUGUGCUGGAUACAUUUCUGUAGUCUUACUAGUAAUGGCAUUUUUGUUAUUGUUUUAUGUCCUGCUAUGCUGAAAAGCUCAUGACUAAAGAUUUGUAUUGCCAUUUCUACACUGAGGCUAAUGUGCAUAUGUCAUUAAAGGCUUUGAAUCUUGAAUCUGAAUCAUACACUGUUCUUUGCUAUAUUUCAGCUUUGGAGAGGUCAGUCCCAACAACUGUUAAUGCUGCUACACUGACAUUGUUACUCGACAUUGCAAAGCCCUCUUGUUCUGUGUACUUUGUGCUCAUGAUCUACUAUAGCAUGCGUUGCAUACACAGUGUUAAAAUGAAAAUUAAAGCCCAAAGAAAACUUG